AUGGAGCCCGGAACCAAGGCUGAGUACCAGACCGAAGUCAACGAUAACCUUAAACCGCAGGUCACAUCUGAGUCCGAGACCGAAGUCAAGGCUGUAACCAAGAUCGAAAGCCAGGCUGACAUUAAGGCCGAAGUUAAGGCUGAUUUCAAGACUGAGGUCAGAGCGGAGGAUAUCGCAAUGUCGGAUGCAGAUGAAGUCAUAGAAGACCCGAGGACAUGGCACGUGGAGGAUGGUGAGAUCAUCAGCUUCAGCAUGAGGCCCGCAUCUAGUCCCGUAACUGGCGAUGAUGCUAAAUGCGAUCAGGUCCGCUCGCUCUCGAGGAGCUAG